CCAGCUGGCGGUGAAGGAAACGAGCGCAAGAUUCUCCAUCCCUGCUGCCCUCCACCCUCUCCCUCUCUCUCUCUCUCUCUCUCUCUCUCUCUCUCUGUCCAGUUGGGAUGGGUUCAGGUAGGACCAGAAGAGCCUGGAGAAAGGCAGCGAGGAAAUUCUCUUCUUCUUGAGACGUCUGUCCAUCCGCUCUCACACUGAGGCAGCUUCUGGGUUCUCGCGCUGCUCGCAGGAACACGAAGAGCCUCCAGAGGGUGUGUGAGAGACGCUCGCUGCCUUUGUGUUUUCUUCAGAGGGAUAGAGCUCAGCACUGCCCGGAGAUUCUUCACUUCAUGAAAGGAAAUCUCACACCAGCUCCGCGCCAUGGCACAGGCCGCGUCCCAUCUGAAGAAAAAGGCGGAUUUAGAACUUGCAGCCGCCCAGGAGGAGAAAGACAAGAAGAAAAAGGUCAAAAAAAGGAUCCGGGAGCCCAAGAAAAAGACUGACAGCAAUGCCAGUUACCUCAGAGCGGCCCGAGCUGGAAAUCUAGAAAAAACCCUCGAUUACAUAAAGUCUGGUGUGGACCUCAACGUCUGCAACCAGAAUGGCUUGAAUGCUCUUCAUUUAGCAUCUAAAGAAGGUCACGUGGAGGUCGUGACCGAGCUGAUCAAACUCGGUGCCACUGUGGACGCCUCAACAAAGAAAGGAAACACAGCUCUGCACAUAGCAUCCCUCGCUGGACAGAAAGACGUUGUAAAAGAACUGGUGAAGAAUGGAUCGAAUAUCAACACCCAGUCUCAGAAUGGCUUCACACCGCUCUACAUGGCUGCACAGGAGAAUCAUCUGGACGUUGUUAAAUUCCUCCUGGACAACGGAUCGAGUCAGAGCAUCGCCACAGAGGAUGGUUUUACUCCUCUGGCCGUAGCUCUUCAGCAGGGUCACGAUCAGGUGGUGUCUCUGCUGCUGGAGAAUGACACGAAGGGUAAGGUGCGCUUACCCGCUCUGCACAUCGCCGCCCGAAAGGACGACACCAAAGCGGCUGCGCUGCUCCUGCAGAACGACCACAACGCAGACGUGGAAUCCAAGAUGAUGGUGAAUAGAACGACAGAGAGUGGCUUCACCCCUCUACACAUAGCAGCUCAUUAUGGCAACAUCAAUGUAGCGACGCUGCUCCUGAACCGCGGGGCGGCGGUGGACUUCAAGGCGCGGAAUGACAUCACACCUCUUCAUGUGGCAUCAAAACGAGGAAACGCCAACAUGGUCAGACUGCUGCUGGAGAGAGGAGCUCACAUCGAUGCCAGAACUAAAGACGGACUGACGCCUCUGCACUGCGGAGCCAGGAGCGGUCAUGAACAAGUGGUGGAGAUGCUGCUGGAUCGAGGCGCGCCCAUCCUCUCCAAAACAAAGAACGGUCUCUCGCCACUGCACAUGGCAACACAGGGAGAUCAUCUGAACUGUGUUCAGCUCUUGCUCCAUCACGAGGUGCCCGUGGACGACGUCACCAACGACUAUCUGACCGCCCUGCAUGUUGCUGCCCACUGUGGACACUACAAAGUUGCCAAGGUCCUUGUGGAUAAGAAGGCCAACCCCAACGCCAAAGCACUGAAUGGUUUCACUCCGCUUCACAUCGCCUGCAAGAAGAACAGAAUCAAAGUGAUGGAGCUUCUGUUGAAACACGGAGCGUCCAUUCAGGCUGUGACUGAGUCUGGACUUACGCCCAUUCAUGUGGCCGCUUUUAUGGGCCAUGAAAACAUUGUGACUCAGUUGACCAAUCACGGAGCGUCUCCAAACAGCAUGAAUGUGAGAGGCGAGACGGCGCUGCACAUGGCUGCCAGGGCAGGACAGACCAACGUGGUGAAAUUCCUGGUGGCGAAUGGAGCGGAUGUGGACGCCAAGGCCAAGGACGAUCAGACGCCGCUGCACAUCUCCAGUCGUCUGGGAAAGCCUGAUAUAGUCCAGCAGCUUCUGAAACACGGAGCUUCAGCGGACGCCACCACCUCCUCCGGAUACACACCGCUGCACCUGGCUGCACGAGACGGACACAAAGACGUCGCAUCCAUCCUACUGGACAGCGGAGCGUCUCUUAGCAUCACCACCAAGAAAGGAUUCACGCCGCUGCAUGUCGCUGCCAAGUACGGGAAGAUAGAAGUGGCCAACCUGCUGCUGCAGAAGAGCGCGCCGCCCGACGCCGCUGGGAAGAGUGGACUAACACCACUGCAUGUGGCUGCACACUAUGAUAAUCAGAAAGUGGCUCUUCUUCUGCUGGAUCAGGGAGCGUCUCCACACGCCGCCGCAAAGAACGGUUAUACUCCGCUGCACAUAGCUGCCAAGAAGAACCAGAUGGAGAUCGGCACCACGCUGCUGGAGUACGGAGCCGAUACCAACGCCAUAACGCGGCAGGGCAUCAGUCCACUUCACCUGGCAGCACAGGAGGGCAACGUCGACAUGGUGACCCUCCUGCUCGCCCGUGAAGCAGCUGUCGAUCUGGGAAACAAGAGCGGAUUGACCCCGCUGCAUUUAGCAGCUCAAGAGGACAAAGUGAACGUGUCUGAGGUGCUGGUCAAUCACGGCGCCACGGUCGAGCCAGAGACCAAGAUGGGAUACACCCCCCUGCAUGUGGCCUGUCACUAUGGCAACGUGAAGAUGGUGCACUUUCUGUUGAAGAACCAGGCCAAAGUCAAUGCCAAGACCAAGAAUGGAUACACACCUCUACACCAGGCGGCACAGCAGGGCCACACACACAUCAUCAAUCUUCUGCUGCAGAAUGGAGCUUCACCCAAUGAGCUGACAGUGAAUGGAAACACAGCGUUAUCCAUCGCCAGACGUCUGGGUUACAUCUCUGUCGUCGACACACUCAAAGUUGUGACCGAGGAGACUCACACCACUGUGACAGUGACAGACAAACAUAAAAUGAAUGUUCCAGAAACCAUGAACGAGGUUUUGGACAUGUCUGACGAUGAAGUUCGUAGAGCCAAUGUGCCUGAAAUGCUCAGUGAGGACUAUAUUUCAGAUGUUGACGAAGGUGAAGAUGCCAUGACGGGAGAGACGGAUAAGUAUCUGGGGCCGCAGGACCUGCGGGAGCUGGGAGAUGAUUCGCUCCCUCAGGAGGGAUACCUGGGCUUCAGCGUGGGAGCUCGCACGGCGAGUCCUAAAGUCAGCCUGCGCUCCUUUAGUUCGGAUAGGUCCAACACCCUCAACCGCAGCUCCUUCACCCGAGACAGCAUGAUGAUCGAAGAGAUCCUGGCGCCCACCAAGGACACGGGGCUCUGUAAAGACAUGCCCACCCUUGUCGACCCCCAUUAUAAGCAUCUGGCUUUAGCCAAAGAGUACAACACAGAGUCUGCCAGACGCUACAGCUGGACUCCAGACACACUGGACAACGUCAACCUGGUGUCCAGUCCCGUCCAUUCAGGGUUUUUGGUGAGCUUCAUGGUGGACGCUCGCGGCGGCUCCAUGCGAGGAAGUCGCCACAACGGCAUGCGCAUCAUCAUCCCACCGCGCAAGUGCACGGCACCCACGCGCAUCACGUGCCGCCUGGUCAAGCGACACAAGCUGGCGUCUCUGCCGCCCAUGGUGGAGGGUGAGGGGUUGGCGAGCCGGCUGGUGGAGGUGGGCCCGGCCGGGGCUCAGUUUCUGGGUAAGCUUCAUCUCCCCCGAAACCUCCCGCCUCUUAGCGAGGGCGAGAGCUUCAUUAGCCGAAUCCUGCAGCUCGGCCCGCGAGGAACAAAAUUCACUGGCCCUGUGAUCGUGGAAAUCCCUCAUUUCGGCUCUAUGAGGGGGAAGGAGAGAGAGCUCAUCAUGCUGAGGAGUGAGAACGGAGAGACCUGGAAAGAGCAUCAUUAUGACUGGAAAACCCAAGACCUCCAAGAGCUCCUCAAUGGCAUGGAUGAAGAGCUGGACAGCACAGCAGAUCUGGAGAAGAAGCGGAUCUGCAGGAUUAUCACAAAGGAUUUCCCACAAUACUUUGCGGUGGUGUCGCGCAUCAAACAGGAGAGUAAUCACAUGGGUCCAGAGGGAGGGGUUCUGUCCAGCAUGACGGUUCCUCUGGUCCAGGCCUCUUUUCCUGAGGGAGCGCUCACCAAAAAGAUCAGAGUUGGGCUGCAGGCUCAACCUCUUCCAAAUGAAGUGGUGAAGAAUUUCGUAGGGAAUCGUGCAACCUUCAGUCCUAUAGUGACAGUGGAGCCUCGCAGGAGAAAGUUUCACAAGCCCAUCACCAUGACCAUCCCUGUGCCUCCUCUCUCUGGAGAGGGAGUGAUGAACGGGUACAAGGGAGACACUACACCCAGCCUCCGACUCCUCUGCAGCAUAACCGGUGGCACAUCGCCGGCUCAGUGGGAGGACAUCACUGGCACCACACCUCUCACUUUCAUCAAUGACUGUGUGUCUUUCACCACAAACGUAUCUGCCAGGUUUUGGCUGGCAGACUGUCAUCAGAUCCCUGAGACGGUGGGUUUGGCCACUCAGCUCUACAGAGAGCUCAUUUGUGUGCCCUACAUGGCCAAGUUUGUGGUGUUUGCUAAAAUGAACGACCCCGUGGAGUCCAGCCUGCGGUGCUUCUGUAUGACGGAUGAUAAAGUGGACAAAACUCUGGAACAGCAGGAGAACUUCGAGGAGGUGGCCAGGAGCAAAGACAUCGAGGUGCUGGAAGGGAAACCCAUUCAUGUGGACUGCUACGGCAAUUUGGCUCCGCUCACCAAAUCUGGACAGCAGCUGGUUUUUAACUUCUACGCAUUUAAAGAAAACAGACUCCCGUUCUGUGUGAAGGUGAGAGACAGCAGCCAGGAGCCGUGUGGCCGUCUGUCCUUCCUGAGAGAAGCCAAAACCUCCAAGGGGCUGGUUCAGACCCCUAUCUGUAAUUUAAACAUCACACUGCCAGGACUCAAAAAGGAUGCGGAUUCAGAUCCUGAGGAAGAGAGUGAAAAACCAGAACGACGUCAUACCUUUGCAUCCCUAGCCUUACGUAAGCGCUACAGCUAUCUGACCGAGCCUGGAAUGAAAACAGUUGAAAGAAGUACAACAAGAACACUGCCUGCUGGUUACGCUCACAAACCUGUCUUUUCAACAAGAUCUUACCAGGCAUGGUCGACUGCUCCUAUUACCGUCCCUGGGCAAACAAAAUGCGGACUGGGUUCCCUCUCCAGUUCACCUUCCAACACGCCAUCUGCUUCGCCAUUAAAAUCUGCAUGGUCCAUUUCCUCCACUUCUCCAAUCAAGUCCACCCUCGGAGCUUCAAAUGUUUCUCCUUCAAUGUCAGUUAGCGAUAUAGCAUCACCCAUUAGAACAUACAGGUCUAUGUCAUCUCCCAUAAAGACUGUGCUUCAGCAAUUCCAAAACCAAGUUCCAGUUUCAUCCAGCCUCCUGGCUUCUACAGCUAAAACUGAUCCUGUGUCCAUUAAGGGGCUUGCUGCGUCAUUUUCCUCAAGAACUAACUUGAUUUCAUCUCCUGGAUCAUUGCUAGAGAAAACAUUCAGCACAGUAACCCAGUCAGAUUCUGUAAAGUCCACCACAAAUACAUACUCUGCCUUAUCAUUCAAGUCAGCCCUGGCCCCCACAAGUACAGCAGCGUCCUCAAACGUUCGAAGUAUAUCAAGCUUGUCUUCCAAUUUAACCACCACAGAUGUGUCCAGGGGAACAAUACCGUCAACAAAACCUACAAUACACAGCACAGAAACAGUCCUGUUAAACGGAUCCAUUACACCCCUAAAAUAUCCCUCGUCCUCCUCUGCAUCCUCCCGUCUGUUUACAGGAGGGACUUACAGCUUGCAGGAACGGAUACAAGCCACAACCCAAGCAGCAACAGAAAGUGUCGGUGCGGCGUUUAGUGAGGCGGAGAAAACACUCGCUGGUUCAAACUAUAGCACACUGAGAUCUCUGUCUUCCCCUUUUAGAGGGAAUUUGUCAAGUUCUGUUUACGAUUCCCUUAGAUCACCAGCCACCCCCACCACUUUGAUAUCAUCCACUUCCAUGACUGUGCCUGUAUUUUCCGUGGUCAAUGUGAUCCCUGAACCCCAGGGGAAGAAAGUACCAGACACAAUAACAAUCCCACCACCGACACGCACUCAAGCACAGUCCUCUACAUCUAGACAGAAACCCCCAAAGCCCUCACUGUUUAUUUCCCCUGCAGCCCUCAAAGCAGCUGCCACACCCACGCUGGCAUCCAGUCAAGAGAUUCUUAGGGACGUGGCAGAUAUGAAGGAAGAUUUGAUAAGAAUGACUGCAAUCUUACAAACCGACCCCACUAGUGCAGCCAAAAGCUUUCAGUCACAUGUUUCUAAAGAGUCUAAGAUUGAGGAUGAGGAACCUUUCAGAUUGGUUGAGAAAGUUAAAAAAGACCUUGUCAAAGUUAGUGAAAUUCUCACAAAGGAUGUCCUGAGUGAGGCGAGAAGCUCAAGUAAAGACAGAGCCUCGGAGGACGAGUGGGAAGAGUUCUCCAAAGAUGAAAUUGAGGAGGCACGGCAGAAUGCCCUGCGAUCCCUCCCAACAUUCGAACAGGCCCUACCUGUCGGACCGCAAUCAGUGACAGACAAUGAUCUCGAUUUAGCUAAAAUGGUUGAUUAUUUAGUGAAUGAUAUAGGUGCUAGUUCCAUCUCCAAAAUGGCUAAUGUUAAGAGCAGAUAUGAUGAAAUAAAAAAGGAAGGAGAGGAAAAACAGAAGCGCACCAUAAAACCCGAGCACAAGUUGAAAAUGCCUCCCACAGGUAUGCGAACCUCUCCCUCAGAGAAAGAUUUGAGUAAAUUAGCCGACUCCUAUAGUGGCACAGAUGCUAUCUUGGAAUCCCCUGAUGACUUUUCCCAUGAACAAGACAAGAGUCCACUCUCAGAUAGUGGUUUCGAAACUAGAAGCGAAAAGACCCCGUCGGCCCCGCAAAGCGCAGAGAGCACAGGGCCCAAACCCCCCUUCACAGAUAUGCCUAUUCCCCCUGUCAUAACAGAAACCAGAACCGAAGUUGUUCACGUCAUCAGGAGCUAUGAGCAUCCUGAGGAGGCCCGUGAACCUCUAAUGGACGAGGCUGCCGCUUUGAACCCUCCAGCAUGCACUGAGCCCGAGGUGGCAGUUAGCUCCAUCAAAGACAAGGUAAAGGCCCUGCAGAUGAAAGUCAACUCAGAUGAGCUGGCAUGCGUCAAAGAAGAGACCCAUAUUACCACUACAACUCGAAUGGUCUACCACAAACCUCAGCUAAAAGACAUCGGCUCUGAGAGAACUGAAGAACCAACAAUGUCAGUACAAGACCUAAUGAAAGCUUUUCAGUCUGGAAGAGACCCUUCCAAAGAACUGGCUGGCUUAUUUGAGCACAAAGCUAGCCAAGACUCCAUUAAAGGAGACGAGCUGUCCCCACGGUUCCUUGAAAAGGACAAAAAGCCCAAAGUUGAGAGAAUAAUUGAGGUACACAUAGAAAAGGGCAACACAUGUGACCCAACUGAAGUCAUAAUCAGGGAGACGAAAAAGCAUCCAGAGUUUAUAUGUAAGGGUGAGCGAGGUCUUAAGGAGCUUUUUGAUAAGGUUGAGGGUGAUUAUGAGGCCCUUCAAGAUGAGGAUGAACUUAUUGCUGAAGAGUCACUGCCUUUCUUCUUAGACACAUCCCGAGUGAAUACCCCUGUCUCACAAGAGGAAGAGAGUCGCCCCAGUUCAGCUCAGCUCAUUGCCGAUGAAUCAUACAAAGCUUUAAAGCUCCUAAGCCAGCAUUCUAUUGAGUAUCAUGACGAUGAGCUUUCUGAGCUAAGAGGGGAGUCAUACAGGUUUGCUGAGAAAAUGUUGCUGUCAGAAAAACUAGACAUAUCACAUUCUGACACAGAGGACUCGGUGGCAGACCAGUCACAUAGCAUAAGUGCUGAUGUGCAAGGGGCAGAAGGCUUUUAUGGAGAAAAAGUAGCUGGCCCCAGGAAGGAGUCCAAGUUCAGGUCAGCAAGGGAUGCAUCAGACAAAUCAGGUAAAUUUUCGCAACAAGAUGAGCAGUAUGACAAAGUAACAGUAUUACAUUACACUACUGAUCCUGGUAGCCCUAAACAUGCGGUCUGGAUGCGUUUCACCCAGGAUAGACAGGACAGGAAUAGAGAGAAACUCAUUUACGAAGACAGAGUAGAUCGAACUAUUAAAGAGGCAGAGGAAAAACUGAGUGAGGUUUCACAGUUUUUCCGAGACAAGACAGAAAAAUUAAACGAUGAGCUUCAGUCGCCAGAGAAAAAGAAACCAGCGAGACUUUCUAAGGAGACACGGUCAGGGCCUAGUUCCAUGUGCAACACUCCUGAAAAAAAACUAAAGGGUACAGCUGACGACUGGGAUAAAGGCAGGCAGAAGCUGUUUGGCAGUACAAACGAAAGAAAAAGUGCAAGUCUGCCAAACAGUCCCGAGAGACAUGUGCUGUCGCGCUUCAGUGAGGAUAAAUCAAAACAGGACGAUGCUCCUCAACAAGCAAAGACAGGCAAUGCAGGCCCCCCAGUCCCAGUUAAGACCUCCAAAGUGAGCUCUUUUCGACAAAAGUUUGAAACGGAAGCACAGAAACAGGAUACAGCACAAUCAAAACAACCGGUCAAAAAAUUACCAGAAAGUAAAUUGCCCGUAUUUCAGUCUUUAGCUGGUUCAAAAAGGGCAGAUGAAGAACAGACACCCUCUAGAAAAUUAACGGAAACCAAUACAAAUAAACUAGCCACUGAGAGUAGCAAAGCUCAAGGUUUUCAAGGAAGGGCGGUUGUCUCAAAGCAGGCAGGUGAAAAAUCGUUGCCUGGAAUCUCUCCCAAAUCAGAAACCAUUGAAUCCAGAUCAUCAUUUUUUGAGAAAAAGGAGCGUAAGAGCGAGGAAGAGACACCACAGAGCCCUGCUAAAGUUCAUUCUCUUGGCCUACAUAUUACAAGUAGGCAAAGUGUAACUGAUCAUGUUAAAGAGCAACAGUGUUUAAAAAGUGACACUAAAACUGAGACAGGUGUUUUAUUAUCAAAGGAUAAUCUCAGUAGGAAUGACUCCCAAAUCAAGACCCUUAAGAAAAAGACAGAAUCUCAUAUUCCUGUUAGAACAGCAUCUGGUUCCUCUGAAACUAAUCAAACAAGUAAAGUGAAUCAAGAUAUUUUAGGUAAACAAACUGAAAAGAGUCAAUCACACAUACCUACUUUGACCAAAGCAAGGAUUCAGGGCCGUGUAGAGUUACAGAGAGAGGAAUCUGCAACAAAGAAGUCUCAAGAGGUUUCUGCAGAAGGUAGAAAUGACAUGAGCCCAGUGGAAAAAAUAUCAACAGUUACAACAAGAGAAAGUUUUAAAGGGUUAAAAACGUUACCAGUCUACGUAAGUGUUCAAGUGGCAAAACAGUCUGAGAAAGAUACAUCAGGAGCAGCAAAUGGCACAUUCAAAAAGAUGGUCAGCUCAGAAAGUAGAACGAUUUACACGGUUAGACAAAAACAGCCCCCAUCUCCUCAAGGCAGCCCUGAUGACGACACUUUAGAGCAGUUCUCUUUUAUUGAUAGCUCUGGCAAAAGUCCAAUGACUCCAGAUACCCCAAGCUCAGAAGAGGUCAGCUAUGAUCUCACUUCAAGAACCCCUGACUCUUUUAUUGCAUUUAUGCCAGGUAUUGCUAGCCCAAUAGCAGAGGUUUCAGAGGAGUCGGAAGGUAGCGAGCAGGGAAAACAUUUUUCUUUCAAAGAGUUCAAAGCAGAAAAAACAACCAGUGGCAAACAAGAAACUGGCACAGAGUCAAAAGACAAACGAGUUGCAUAUAUUGAGUUUCCUCCUCCACCGCCAUUAGACUCAGAUUCAUCACAGCCUGAGAAAAGGGGGUCGACUCCGUCUUCCGAGGCUGAGACUGAGAUGAUGGAAGUGAAUCUCCAAGAGGCGCGUGAUAAACGUCUCCUCACCGAACCUAUAAUAAGAGUCCAGCCACCAUCUCCUGUGCCCCUAGGAGCUAAUGACAGCGAUUCAAGUGAGGAGGAAUCAGUCUUUAAACCCAUACCAACAAAGAAAUAUACCUUUAAGAUGGAUGGGGACAAAAUUGAGAAAGAAAGCCAAUUAAAAGAGCAUGACAAUAAUGGGCAUCGCAAAGAACUAGGGGCAAAUGGUAACGCAAAAGAAGAUGAUGAUGAUUAUGAACAAAAUGGCAAUGAUCAGUCUAUCACAGAUUGCUCAAUAGCAACAACUGCAGAGUUCUCACAUGACACAGAUGCUACAGAGAUCGACUCUUUGGAUGGCUACGAACUUCAGGAUGAGGAUGACGGUCUAAGUGAACACUUCACCAAACCGAUUGGCUUCCCCAAUGAGAACAGAAAAGAUGUUUGGUCAUCAGAUAAUUUGACAAGGCCAAGUGACCGUUGCCAGAGUAAACUUGAAGUCAUUGAAGAAGAAUCACCAGUUGAGGAGAGCAAAAAGACCAAAGCCAACACUGAUCCCUCAAACAAAAGAAAUGGUGAAGACAAUGAAAGAAACGGGAAGCAUUCCGAUCACGGUUUGUCGGAAACGUACUUUAGCUACAAGCUUGAUGAGGAGUUUAAUACUCCUUUCAAAACUGUUGCAACAAAAGGAUUUGAUCCUUGGUCAAGCAAAGGCGGAGAAGAUGAAGUUGUGGAUGCUAGAAUUAAAGACGACGAGCCCAAGCCUUUUGGGUUAGCAGCAGACGACAAGUCUACAGCCACAACCCCUGACACAACUCCUGCGAGAACCCCGACCGAUGAAAGCACACCAACUAGCGAGCCAAACCCUUUCCCCUUUCACGAAGGGAAGAUGUUUGAGAUGACCCGCAGCGGUGCGAUUGACAUGAGCAAGCGGGAUUUUUUGGAAGAGAGGCUCCAGUUUUUUCAGAUUGGCCCUCAGAGUCCCUGUGAAAGGACAGAUCUGCGUAUGGCUAUUGUGGCAGAUCAUCUUGGCUUGAGUUGGACCGAACUGGCCAGAGAAAUGGAAUUUACAGUCGAUGAGAUAAAUCACAUCCGUGUGGAAAACCCAAAUUCAUUGACAACUCAGAGUUUCAUGCUAUUAAAGAAAUGGGUUAGCCGAGACGGCAAAAACGCUACAACGGAUGCCUUAUCUGCAGUCCUGACUAAGAUCAAUCGGUUGGAUAUUGUGACAUUGCUGGAAGGGCCGAUUUUUGACUAUGGUAACAUAUCAGGCACGAGAUGUUUUGCAGAUGAUAGCGCAGUUUCCCAGGAGCAGGCUGAUGGUUACCAAGACAUUGAGCUGGAGCUUAAGAGUCCCUCAGAGCUGUCCUAUGAGCCCCCGACCCCCCUGCGGCAGGAUGAUUUCUUUAGCGAGGACGGUAGGCUAAACUUCCCCACUAGUGCCCCCGUUAGGCCCAGUGAACUUUCCCUGCCAUCCACUAGCAGCCCCACGUCUGCAGAUGCCAAGCCUCCUACUGUGAUGGAAGAGGACACCUCGAUCAGAGGUCUAGGCUCCUUCGGCCAAGAGGAUGGGUCAACUGAAGACAACCUUCAUGAAUCUGCGGUCUCCUUGAAACAACGCGACAGUGAAGUAACGUCAAAAGAACCAGACGUCUUUCCAAGCAGCCCGGUGAGAGAGCAAGCCCAACCCAAGCCCACUGUUUGUUCCUCAGCCAGCGGAGCUCCUGGAGAGAGCAGCAAGUCUGGAUUUGACGAGGAAGAUGAAGAAUUGACCCAAGAGAAGAUCAAGAUUCUCUUGGAGAACAUUAAGUUGGAGGAAGGCUUAGAGGAUGUGGAGAUGACUGAGGAGAGGCUGCAAGAGAUCCUCUCACAGGUGCAGCAGGCAGAAACCCAUAUGUCUUCAAUUUCAGGUUUGCAGGGUGAAAUAUCUGGUGCAAAGGUGACGGUGACGGCUUCAGGCCAAGGCCUGGGUAUUGAUACACAAGGGCAAAGCCAAGAGCCCGUGUCCUCAACUAAUGGAGUGCGAGUUGAGAAGCAAAAUGGAGAACAUCCAGAGCACCAAGCGCCAGACGCCAGCAAGUCUUCUAGCAAAACAAAGGGCAAAGCAAGGAAAGACUCUGGACGGCAGGAGGUGAGCAGCGAGACGCUGGAGGACAGAGGAACGGAAUCAAACAACAGAAAGGAGGGCAUAGCUGUUUCUGAAGCUCAGGGUGAUCAGGCCAAAAACGUUCCCGGCGAGACAGUGACAGAGGAGCAGUACACUGAUGACGAUGGAAACAUAGUCACCAGAAAAAUCAUCCGCAAGGUUGUGUGUCGCACGGCUGCUGUGGAGGAGAAGGGAAGGAGAAAGCGUGGGAAGCGCUCCCGGCAGGCCGGUAGGGCCGGACAGGAGGAGGAAGAGGGGGGCCCCGGGCCCCGCAGAGAGCACACUGAGGCCGGUGAAGGAGGGAAUGGCAAAAAGAAGGACGGAAGACAAAGAGAGAAAAAGAGUCAAUCGUAACAGCUGUGUGCACUUUCUGACGUGAAAUUGUUUCAAAAUCAUUUUCCUGGGUGGAAGAUCACUGGAAACUCGCAGGAGGUCAGGGAAUGAAAACGGUGUGUCUACAACUUCACAAAAAUAAAAGGAUUUCAGCCAGAGGACUUUUGAUUUCGCAUGAGCAUGAUUAACUUGUUUCUGUCAGUAACGAGGGGCGGCUGACGGUCACCGAGUGUCGAGAGGACAUUGACGGUGCCACAUUUCCAUCGAUCGGAAGUGUCAGGAAUAAAACACCUCCGUGACCGAACACGCCACAAAACCCCAUGGAUGAUUGACAGAAACGGAGGGGCACGUUCCAAUCACUUCUACACUCGCCUUACUUUUCUUUUGUUUGUUUUUUUGGCCCCAUAAUGUCGGGGUGUAUGAUGCUGUUUGAUGGAGGUUACGAUGUACAUAAAUUACACUGUAUAAAUUCUAAUGUGGCUCACAAUGUUGUCAAGGCACUGGCAAGUGUGUGCGAAUGAACCACCGAUUCUGAUUCCAGUUUUAAGGGAACGCUUGAGUGUAACGCACUUGUAUGAUUAUUAGCAGGACAAAUGUUUGUAAAUGAAAAAAGCCAGCUUGAUUUUAACAACAGACGUUUCUUUUAAACCUGGUACACGACCUGGAGCGCCUGUGGAUCUUUUCAAAGAUUUCUUCAGAGUACUAAUAUUUUCAUGCAUGUGAAUCACUUUAUAAUGAUUGAUUUUUUUCUAACAGCAUAACACACAGGAGAAAAGGCGAGAAUGUUCUGGAUGUGUCCACUCACAGCCUUGCCAUUGCUCACUGUAGUUUUUUGAGUAAGAUGACAGUAUCACUUCAUGGUUCGGCUUCACUAAAACUUCACUACCGGUUUCUCUCUUCACUUACAGAUUCACCAGAAAUCAUGCGUUUCGGCUGUAAGAUGUAUAAAUCUUUUGGUCAGCCGAUCAUUUGUAAUCUUUUCAGCAGUGUAUUAUUACUUUUCAAGGCUGCUGUGGUUUUGGGGAAACUUUAUUUUAGGUUUGGUGCAUCAUUGACUGCGAAUCACCCUCGAGCAUUCAUGAAUGACAGCUCUGGUAACAAACAUUUGUAUGGAAAUAAACAUACACUGGAUGAUCAAAAUAAUUAUUUAAGCUUAUAUUAAACUGUGUUCAAACCCUU